AUGGCUAUUCCUCGCCACGCAGCCGACAACCCCUUACUUGGCGAGGAAGGAGAGAAACAGCCAGUAGCACGCUGGAGACGUCGCGAGGUUCACGGCCUGGUUCCUAAUACUUAUGGACCACGGACAAUUAAAUUCACGACGACCUGGGAGCAAGGGCGUCUCGCCAUGAAUGAGACAGACCCGGGAUGGACAGAUAUUAUGCCAGUGGGUAGCGGUUUUGUCGUCGUCAAAGACUGGGAGAAGCAUCAGGAAACGCUGCCGCCACCCAUGAAGACGCACGGCGACGACGUCUUCUCUGUCGCAGUGUUUCAUCAGCUUCACUGCCUUCACUUCAUGCUCAAGGAGUUCAAUGUGCUUUACAAGGAAAGCAGCGCACAUUCUCGUCGGGACGGGGCUCACCAUGGCCAUGGAGACCAUGCUCACGAAGGUCAUGGUCCUGGAUCAGAGGCAUACAAGCAUAUGAGCCACUGUUUCGACUAUCUCAGAUCUUCUUUAAUGUGUUGCGGGGACUCGGCUUUGGAGGGCCAAGCUGCCGGCCUCGAGGAGGCAGGUACACUUGGGGUUGGCUCGUACCAUGUAUGUAAGAAUUAUGAUGCGAUCCGGUCAUGGGCAGGAACAUCAAGGGCGUCCAACAUGGAAGGUUUUAGUGAUUAA